CAUAAAAGACAAGCAACAACAUUGUCAUUGUAUUAAACGGAAUGAAACUUGUUCUUUCUCCUCAUUUUUUGAAGACGGCAAGUGAGGUACAUAAUGUUGAAUUAGUGUGCAAGACAAAAGUGAAAAGUGUAUCUUCGAACCUAAUUCGUGUGCAUUUUGUCUCAGUCUGGAUUAACAGAGAUUAAAAGUGAUUGCCAUCAGCCCAUCAAGAGGCGUUGUGCGCAUUGCAAAAUGGUUAAUUGGCAAGAAAUUUAUUUUACUGCUAACAUCAUGACAGAGCCCUGGUCCACAAAACAUCCGCACCGAAUUCCAGAUCUGCUAUGAUGGCAGACAGCAUCAUUGAAGACGAGGAAAUUCGCGAAACAUUGAUUGUGAGAGGAAAAAAGUGGAAAUUCAAAAAUGGUCAUGAGAAAGAACCAACCGCCAAAAUCAAAAUCCGGGAAACGAAUUGCUUAAGCAGACCUAAAGAAUACACCAACGCUAAUUUUGGCUAUUUUGAUGAUGACAUAGCAAACCAGUCCACUGAUACGUCCGUCCUUGUCGUCCACUACCAGUUUGAGGGGGACGCUGCGAAUGAACGUGUCGGAAAUGAGGUGGACUUGAAAAGGCUGGCGGAUACCUUUGAGGCGAAAAGAAAUUGUCGUUUCAGGGCGGUCAGGUCGCCGGAGAAAAUAGAUCUAUUGGAACUCUUAGAUGACAAAAAUAAACUUUUGCAUCUCUUUGAUUUGAACGAGGAGCCAUCAGUUUUUCUCCUCUUUAUUUUAUCUCAUGGAACCAGAAACGGCAAAAUUUUCACCGAUCACAAAGACAAAGUGACUGGCGAGUAUGAGCAGUUCACAAGCGUCCAAGUUAUUGAAUCUCUAAAAGCACUGAAAAAUAGCUUGAAAGUUGUAUUUUUUGGACCUUGCCGGGGUGAAAUUGAUGACGAAAUUCACAAUCCAAGCUUCGACAACCAACUUCUGAAUAAUCAAAACUCUUGCCGCAUCUCAAAUUUCCCUGGCUACGAUGACUUCAUUUUGGUUUUUUCAACAGUUGAAACAACUAAAGCCAAGCGUAGUGAGGAGAAUGGAACCUCUCUAGUGCAGGCGACGUGUGAAAUUCUGGACAGUCUGCACCACGACGCGUCCUUGGAAGUUGUGCUCACCGAUGUGCAAAACAAAAUCCACUCCAUGCCAGACGACGUUGGCCAAACACCGGAAAUAAAAUUUUCACCCUGCAGAAAUUUCACAAUUUCAAAAUGUUUCACUCAGGCGCUGUCAAAGUGUACCUUGAAAAACAAAUACUACACAUGGCUCUCCGCCUCUGGCCAACCAGUCCGAGGCCGGUGGGCUGCCGUCGUUUACGAAACGCUCGACAAACAGGUCACAAAAACGGAAAAGCUCCUCAGAGAAAAUCUCGACUUUGAAACGUGUCUGGUUCAAAACUCCGCAACUCAUCUUGAAGAUCUCUGGCAAAAAGUCACUGCGGACGAAGAAUCGGACGUUGGUUGCGUCACUGUGUGCUACUUUGCAAAACUCUCCGUGAGCAAAGAUGCGCAGAUUUGCGUGUGGAUGGAGGGCAACGAAGUGCCUGUGGGGUUUUUGGUCCAGAAUUUUGUCGGUCCGAUCAAUGAAAAAUGGAUCGGAAGGCCAAAACUGUUUUUUAUUAUUAACCAAUGUACAUCUAGUGACGAUUUGAAAAGGGAGCGAAAAUUGUCAAUUCGAGCAACAAAUCACAGUGGUUGGUUCGUCAUUGCGUUGCCAUCAACAGAUUCCGCAAACAGGCUAUUAGGAAUGCUGGGAAAUCCAGAGCUCAAGACAAAUAAAAGCUUGCAAGAACUUGCUUUUAGCAUUUUACAAUCAGAGCGUGGCCAGGCGUCAAAAUCUGUGCACCCCCAAAUUGCAAGCACCCUCCAUCAGUUGCUCACCUUUCCCAACUGGCAGAGGUGCUUUGUCGAGCCAACGUUUCUUGUCUCAACGGCCAACACUUCUGAAGAGUCAGAAAUGAAAUUAUCUUUUGAUAAACUGCGGCGCCUUUUUCUUCGGCAACUCGAGGAGGAAAAUUAUUGCGUGUGGGUGGUCAGCGCGCCGGCCGGCAUGGGCAAAUCAACGCUCCUCUCGGAGAUGGAGCACCACCUUCGGAAGGAACUACCUGACGGAAAGGUACUCUUUCGAAUCCCUUUAAUUGAGCAGUACGACUUUCUUGACAAAACUCCCAACACAAUCUCGAUCGAGAGCAUUUUAAAAAUGGCUAAGCAAUUAGUGCUGGACGCCGCGACAGUCAUUGCGGAAAAAAGAGCCGUAAUUUUUUUGGAUGGUUUUGACGAAAUUUGCCCUGAAUUCAGGCAAAAGGUGCUGACCUUAGUCAAGAACAUUGCUGGCCAGAGGCUGCCUUUGUGGCUAACGACGAGACCUCAGGAGGAAGAUGCCAUAUUAAAUCACUUGAAAGGGGAAGUUGCGGUGAAGAAAGUAGAAAUUAGACCAUUCGGAAGACCCGACCAACUGCGCCUUUUGAAAUUGUCCUCGGCCAAAAGUUUGGACGAAUGCAAUGCCGUUCUGGAUAAUUUCGAGCGGGUGGGCGCCUCAGACAUAUUGAAAAACCCGUUCCAUCUGACUUUGAUUGCUGAUUUAGUGGUCGGCGAGGAAACUAAUCUUUUCGCGAUAUUCGCGAAAGUGGUGGAGAAGAAAGUCGGCGAGGCGCUGGUGCUGAAAGAGUCGUACGACCGCUCCAGCCGCCUGUUCCCUUCGAAAGUCAGAAAAAGAUUGGAACUUUUGCAAAAGUUCGCCAGAUGCGUUCUCCUCAAUAAAGGACUGGCCGAUUUUGAUGAAGAAAAUAUUUUUGAAAUCAACAACACGGGAAUUGCGACGGUACGCAGCAACAAAAAUGUCAGAUUUGUUCACCAAACAUUCGCAGAGUUUCUUUUGGCGCAGAGCUUCUUGACCAACUUGUCAUCGGAAUCUGAAUUAAAUUUUGGAAAUUUUGAGCUUUUCCAGAACUCAGUUAAAAUGGAACAGGUUCGAGUUUUCGUCGACUCGUUCUUUUCGGAUCAGAAAGAAGCUGAAAUGCAGGAAAAUUUCACAACAUUCAUGAAAGACAAAAUCUCCCCCGAUCUUCUAGUGAUGAUGGCAAAAGACUCUCUGGUCAAUAUUUUCCAAUUGAUCAGACCUUUCAUCACCUUUUCCAAAGAUCAGAAUCCAGACCUGAAAUUCAUUAUGGACGCUUUUCCCAUCCUAGAAACCGCCUGCCGAUCAAACGAGACCAUCAGCCUUCAACUUCUGGAAAUGGGAGCCCAUUUGCAAAUUUCGGACACAGAAGACCGGCCCUCCAAACUGUGGGCCUUGAUACACACGACGGCCCGAAACAAUUUCUGCCAGCUUUUUGAAAAACUCAUUUCCGAGUGUCCGGACAUCAGCGACGUCCUUCGAACCCGCCGAAACUCAUACCUGCCAUGCGAGGCUGUAGAAAAAGGUCACUCACAAAUGUUAGAACUUUUGCUCGCGAACGGCGCCAACGUUGACGCCACGCGGAGCAACAAGAGCGUCCUGCAGACGGCCAUCGUGGCCGGCGACGCAGACAGCGUUCGAAUUCUGGUGUCCCACGGCGCCAAACUAAAUCCCAAACCGCGAGACUCGUGGAAGAGGGACAUGGUUCUGACGCCUCUGCACGUCGCCGCCAUCAAUGACAACGUCGACGUGUGUCGUUGUCUGGUGGAGAACGGCGCCGACAUCGGCGCCAUCGUAGCCCUCGGCGGCUGGAACGCCCUUCACUGCGCCUGCAACUGCGGCAGAAUAAAAAACGCCGAGUAUUUCCUCGGCCUGGGGAUUUUCGACGUCAACUCCAGAACGAGUCACGGCCGGACACCGUUGAUUCUGGCGGUGGAAGGUGCCCACGUGGACCUAGUCCAAUUUCUCCUGGCCCGCGGAGCCGACCUUUCGGCCGCGGACAGGGAUGGUUGGAACGCCCUGCACUACGCUGCACGGUACGCCGAUUUGCCAACUGUGCGAAUUCUGCUGGAGAAAAGCUCGGAUUUGAUCGAGCAGAAAACAAAGCACGGUUGGAUGGCCUUGCAGUUGGCGCUGGCAAACAGUGUCAGUAGUGAAAUGAAGUAUUUCCUGGUACAUUCCGGUGCAGACGUUUCGGUCACCAACAAGGACGGAUGGAACCUUCUGCACUGGGCCUGCUUCGAGGGUGAUGCAGAUCUUGCAGCAUUGUUGAUCGAUAGGAUGGAUGUGAACGCAGCAACCGCCAUUGGCAGGACGGCUCUUCAUUUAGCCGCUGAGAAGGGUUGUGUGGAAAUUAUUGGAAAUUUGCUUGCUAAGGGCGCUGAUUGCGAAAUUCGGGAUGCUCUAGGUUGUACGCCGCUGGAUUUGGCAGCAACGGAAGGAAGCGCGAAUUUACUCAAAAGGCUUGUUAAUAUAGAACAAGAAGAAAAACCAGAUAUUGAAAAAUCUCAUUUUGAAUACUCAAAUACUGAUGUCUCAGUGUCAAAAUAUGUAUUCUCAGUAUUAACUUUGCGCGGAUAUCUCUCUGAAAACAAAUGAAAGUGACUUUAAGAUCUCUCAUUGUCAGACUAAAAAUAAAUCAAACUUUUUGCAUGAUUUUUCUCAGUUUUAGUUAUUUUAUAAUCGUUUUAUGUGCACAAAUAAAUAUAAAAAUAUAAAAAGUAAAA